AUGCAAAAGUAUGAGAAGUUUCACAAAGUCGGUGAAGGGACAUAUGGGACUGUUCAUAAAGCACGAAACAAAGAAACUCAGGAGUUUGUGGCCUUGAAGUGUGUUCGUCUCGAUGAUGGUGACGAGGGAGUCCCUAGCUCAGCGCUUCGUGAAAUAUGUUUACUAAAAGAAUUAAAACACGAAAAUAUCGUACGGCUUUACGACGUUUUUCACAGUGAAGGCCUUCUUACACUUGUUUUUGAAUAUUGCGACUUAGACCUAAAAAAAUAUUUUGAUUCUCUAGAUGGACCAAUUGAUCAGCAGGUUGUUCGGUCUUUAUGCUUUCAACUUUUGCGAGGGCUUGCUUACUGUCAUGCACACAACGUUCUUCAUCGCGAUCUUAAACCUCAAAAUCUGCUCAUAAGUCAUAGUCUUCAGUUAAAGUUGGCCGAUUUUGGACUGGCGAGAGCAUUUGGUAUUCCAGUAAGAUGCUAUAGUGCAGAGGUAGUUACAUUGUGGUAUCGACCACCAGAUGUUCUUUUCGGAGCAAAGCUGUACAAUACAUCGAUAGAUAUGUGGUCUGCUGGUUGCAUUUUUGCAGAAAUGGCAAAUUCUGGGAAGCCAUUGUUCCCCGGAGCGGACGCAGAUGACCAACUGAAAAGGAUUUUCAAGCUUCUCGGAACUCCCACGGAAGAGUCGUGGCCUUCAUUUUCAAAUCUUCCUGAGUUUAAGCCUAUGCCAGUUUACCGUUCAUCGGUCCCAUUUUCACAAAUAGUGCCAGAACUUUCGCCUGUUGGGCGGGACUUACUACAGAAACUUUUGGUGUGUAAUCCCGCCCGUCGUCUGAGCGCAGAAUCUGCUCUACUUCAUUCGUACUUUAGCGAACAUGACGAAGGCAAAAGUUCUUUUGCAUUGUAG